AACGUUAUUAUAAUUAUAUUAUAUUUAUCAUUUUGUAGUAGUAGAACAAGAAUAAUUCUUUGUUAUUAUGAUUGUGAUUGACUCAUUGACCUUGUGGAGGAGGUUCUUCUGGGCAGACAGUGGAGGAGGAGGAGGAGGAGUAGACACGGACGGAGGCAAGAGGGUGGGGGGUUGUUUCUGAGCUCAGGAUUAGAGAACAGUCCCAGCGCGAUGACAGCAUCCAGCACAUAGCCGAGCCCCCUCCUCCUCCUCCACCUCCUCCCACACACACACACACCAUCACACAUCAGCACCACCAUCCGGGAGGACGCCGCGGACACAAACGUGAGAGACAACCUUCCACCCGGUCUGAUCCGCUGGACUCAUCGUGUUUUCAGGGAGGAGGGUGGGCAGCCCUCCCUGACUCCCGUCCGCCCGUCUCCUCCUCACUCCACGAGGUGGCCGCACCAGAUUGGGAUUGGCCCUGAUGAUCGCAAAGACCCCCCUUCCACCCCUUUUCAGCCAAUCGCGGAGGGGUCGCAGAGCUGAUGUCUCAGAGGGCGAGAGGGUAUUUGUGUUCUGGAGUCCUGAAGAGACAAGCCACAUCACGAUAAAUGGAGGAGAAGGAGCGAUGUAGGAGCAGGUCUCCGGCUCGGAGGGCCAGUCGGGUGCAGCAGGUGGUGGGAACAAUAAUACGACGCACCCGGGAGUCGCUAAGCAGAGAGCGGUUGCUAGGUGAUGGGAGGUCGCAGCGCUCCAACAGUCUGUCCAAUCAGAACUUCCUGGCCAAGCUGACGCUGCAGAUCACCAGGGACCCGGUCCUGGACAGUAGCACUGGACAUGGCUUCACCCUCACCACAAAUCCACCCCUGCUGGUCAGGGACAUCGCCGCAGGGAGUCCUGCAGAUGGGAUACUGUUCCCUGCGGACCAGGUACUGCAGAUUAAUGAUACAGUGCUGGAGGAUCUGAGCACAGAGCAGGUGGAAAGCAUCUUAAGGGACUUGGAGGAUUGUAUCACUGUGACCAUCCUGCGGUACAUGACAAAUCCCAAGUCCUCCAUCAUGUCAGCAGAGAAGAGAGCUCGUCUGAGGAGUAAUCCAGUUAAAGUGCGCUUUGCGGAGGAGGUGGUGGUCAACGGGCACACUCAGGGAAACUCUCUUCUCUUCCUGCCCAAUGUCCUGAAAGUCUAUUUAGAGAACGGACAGACCAAGGCCUUCAAGUUUGAUAAUACCACCACUGUCAAAGACAUUGUUCUGACCCUGAAGGAUAAACUGUCCCUCCGGGCCAUCGAGUACUUCGCCCUGGUGCUAGAGCAACAGUACAGCAUCAACAAACUGCUGCUGCUGCACGAAGACGAGCUCAUGCAGAAGGUGGUGCAGAAAAAGGACUCCCAUGAUUACCGAUGUUUGUUCAGGGUGUGUUUCAUCCCCAAAGACCCUAUGGACAUGCUGCAGGACGACUCGUCUACCUUUGAGUACCUCUUUUUACAGAGUGUCGGGGACGUGUUGCAGGAGCGUUUCGCAGUAGAGAUGAAGUGUAACACUGCACUGCGCCUGGCAGCGCUGCACAUGCACGAGAGACUGGAUAGCUGCGGACAGACCAGGACCUCUAUCAAGAGUAUCACGAAGGAGUUCGGCCUGGACAGCUUCAUCUCUCCCACGCUGCUGAGCAACAUGAGGGAGAAGGACCUGAGGAAAGCAAUCAGUUACCACCUCAAGAAGAUCCAGUCCCUGCUAGAGCCACGGCACAAGGUAAUAUCUUCUACUCAGGCUCGAGUGGCCUACCUCACUCAGCUGGGAGAGCUGAUUUCAUACGGAGGGCGAUCAUACUCGGCUACAAUGAUGCUACAAGACAGGGAGGUGGCUGUCAGCCUGCUGGUCGGAGCCAAGUACGGGAUGAGUCAGAUCAUCAACCACAAGCUCAACGUGAUCUCCACACUGGUCGAGUUCAGCAGCAUCAGCCGAGUGGAGUUGCUCUCGGAGUCGGACAAAGUCAGCCUGCUGCGCAUCUCACUGCACGACAUGAAGCCAUUUGCCUUACUGAUGGACUCUCUGGCAGCCAAAGACUUAGGGUGUCUGCUGGGAGGCUACUGCAAACUCCUGGUGGAUCCCAGUGUCAAUGUCUUCCGUCUGGGGCGCCCAAAAGUGAGGGUGCACCGGAUUCCUGCUGAAGAAGGUUAUGUGUCUCGCUGCUGUAGUGACUCGGACGACUCGACAGAUGACGACGACCCAAUGGAUUCACAGAAUUACAAACGUCCAGACCCUGCAAGUCAGGACUGGGAAGAAAGAAGGAGAGAGGAGGAAGAAAAGAGGAGAGAGGAAGAACGGAAAGAGAGAGAGGAGUACAAAGGCAAACAGGAAGUGAAAAUAAUAGUGACAAUAGAAGCUAAAGAAAAUGAGGGUGAAGAGGAGGGAGGAGCAAUAGGAAAUGCAAUGCGUACAUUUAGUGUUAUGGAUGAGGAAAUGAACCCGGAGACCCCCUGGUAUCACACUGAUCCACGGGUCACCAGCAGUUUCUCCAGCUUGUCCAGCAACUCCUUGAGUGCCGCACUGGAGGAGAGUAGCACCGCAGCUAAAGCCCCGUCUCGCACAGAUACACUUCGUGGACAACGCACGGUCGAGGACCUACCCAGCUUGGACGUUCACCACCCCUUCCUCCUAGAGCCAAAACGCCAACAGGGCCCUCUGCGACCCACCAACCUCAAUUAUCGGGGCAAUGACAACUCUUGCCUUUGCUUCGCUGAUCUCUCCAAGGCCGAUUUCCUGCCAAGCCCGCCGGAGGCCACCAGCGACGAUGAGGAUGAUGAUGAGGAGGAGGACGAAGAGCGGGGAGUGGAAGAACUCAGACGGAUCUCAAAGAUUCCUAGCUCAAGAGAUUUGAGAAUGAUUGACAGUAUACCCUUUGAAAGAUCCCCAAUUAGAAGAAAGAAAAAGACACCGCCGAAAGUCCCACUAAGGACAAGUUCAAUUCCCGGGCACAAAGCAGGAGAGGCUGAGCAGCGUCUCUCCAAGGACGAAGACAGUCUAUUCCUGACACCUUCACCAAACCCUAAGCCAGCUCUUUUGGUCAAAGACGCUGUCUCAGAAUCUGAGGAUGAGUUUUUUGAUGCACAGGACAGAUUUACUCCCCCAGUUCCUGAUUUAUCAGAUGCUGAGCUGGCCGACCGGCAAAAUGCUAAUCGGUUGAGUGGAACCUGGAAUGGUGUUCCAACUGCCCCAGGGAAAGAGCCUUCCUCCCCCCUUACCAAUAAAACCCUAACCUCUAAGAUAAAGAAGGAAGUGGAGGCACUAAAAAGGCCCACAAAUCAGCUUACCAACCAACGUCCCAGUCCACCAAAGUCAUCACAGAAACCCGAAGUUAAAGUCAAACCACCUUUGGCACCCAAGCCCCAGCUGCCUCCCAAACCUCAGAUCAUUCCUCCCAAGUCGCCCAAGCAUGGGAGAUCGUAUGCCCACUGCAACGGGGAUGCCUCUGGACGUCUGUCCUCUGAACUCCUGGAAAUGGAGCCAGACACCAUGGAGUUCAAGUCUGUCACAUCUGGGGCAGGCGGACUGCCUCUGUCAUCACCUUUGAUCACAGCAGUGAGGUGCAGCAAGCAACCUCCAGCGAUCACGACGCCACACACUGAGGAAAAGACAAAGAGGCAAGAAAACUGCUUAAAACAGAAUAACGAUGUGACACAUGAAAAUGGCGCUCAUGUCAUUUACAAAAACAGAGCAAACACUCCUGAUAAAAAGGAAACGCCAAAAGUUGAGAUUCAAACGAAUGGGACUUCCCUAUCCUCAAAGAAACCACUAGACUUACCCCCUAUCCUUCUUUCUAAUUCAGGCCCAAAGCUAGCUAUCCCCCCUCCAGUGCCCCCAAAACCCACAUCUCCCACUAAUCUCCACCCUUUGUCACUACCUGCUAGCUCUCCGGUCUCCCCAACUGAUCCAAGCAAAGGGAUCUUCAAGGAUAGCAUAAAUACGCCAAAUGGAAUCCAUCCCUGGAGCAGCCGCAACGGCACCAUCCAGUCAGGACCCCGGAGGGUCUCUCUGAGCCAUGAGAGCCUUUCACCCAAAAACACAGAUGCACAAGUCACCCUUACCACAUCCCUUACCUCAACUAACUCCAAUGAUGUCCGGGGCCUAGAAAGCAGAGAACAUGGAAGAUGUGGAUCAGGAUCGGACCUGAGGACCAGCUCCUCCAGCCUGGGGGGCAGGCUGCCAGCCUCUGCCCUGAGAGGGAGAAUCCAGUCUCUGCCUUGGUACAUGACCCGUUCACAGGAGAUUUUGGGAACUCUGGACUAUCCCUCCACGAGCUCCAUCAAUGGAGACACAUCUGGAUUUGGCUCUGGUUUGUCUGUCGCCAGUGGUUUAUCAGAUUUAAACAGAACCCCUGUCAAGCAAAAAGAGACUGUUGCCUAUAAAUCAGGAGGGAAAGGGACCGUUUUAGAGGACGGAGCUGAGGUUGUCAUCGCCACCAUCAAGGAGGCCCAGGAUGUGACAUCACAUAUGAAAAGGGCCAAUGGAACAAAUGGCUCACACCCUAAUCUCACUAUUAAAGAGAAUAUUACGCACAGCGGCAGUGUCUCAUCAGAGCAGCCUCAAUCACGGUCCCACUCAGCAGUAGGAUUGGGAGGUGUGUCCAGCAUGCAAAUUGGCGGAGACUCACCAACCUCCUCGCUCGCAGACAGCACUCCACCAGAGCAGCAGCGGGAGGCUUGUGGCUGCCGCACCGUUUACGCCAACUGUUUCAGCGGAGACACAGAGGACGGUGUCAGUUUUGACGAGGAACUCACCGUUUACGAAUUCUCCCGCCGCACUCGACCCAAACCGGCCCCGCCGGCACCUGUCCCUUCUCCUCCGAUACCUUCUCCAAAACCCAAUAUUUUGUCUCUGCUGAAAGACAACCCACGACCACUCUCUACUUUCUCCACUGCCUCGUCUGAACUCAGUCCCUUAGUGUCCCGACCAGUUUCCCCCACAAACUCUUUUGGCGGUCCUCUUCGAUCGCUCACCAACAAGAAUUAUGGCGGACUGAAGGGGGGGUUUGCCUCCCUACGUCAAGAUAUAGAACAACUUCUGCUGGUGCUAGAGAGCGGAGAGCAGCCACAACAAACAUUAUAUCAAGACUCAAAGCAGGAUAUGAAAGUAGGGCCUGACCUAAAUCAUAAUGGGACGGAAGACAGCGCUACCACAGCAGCAGUCUCAAGCUGUACCGGGACCGGCUCUGUCACCAUGACGGAGGCUGAAAGGACUCUUCUCCAGGCAGAAGCUCGGCGACUGGCAUCUGGGUGCCAGCGGGCCACGCGUGUCGGCUGGGCUCCUGAUGAAGCCUUGCGUUCGUUAUCCAACAGCUUCAGUGCUCUGGUUCAGUUGUCUGUGGCCUGCCUGCGAACAAGCCCCUGCUCUGGCUGUGCCAUUUGCCAUAAUGCGAGUCUGGUCCACGGCGAUGAGGACGAUGACAGUCAGGAGGCCAUGGCAAAGUUAAAGGAGAUCGUGGGUCUCUACAGGGAGUUUGUCGGGGCUGUUGAGACGGCAGGGACUGGUGCUGGGGGUAAGAGUGGAGGCCACGGAGGGGCAGGACUGGGUCAGGGGGAGACUGACGGGGUGAGGCUGCUGGCCAAACGCUGCACCGUGCUCAUCUCCUCCGUAUUCGCACUCACACAGCUCUUCAGGACACACACACUAGACUCUUCGGAGACGCCCGGCCACGUACCUCUCAACUUUUGACCUGUGAACUUUUACCCACUAAUAACUGACAGGAGCAGAACGACAGCACAGAGUGAACUGGUGUGUAGCCCUGUGUUCUUGUACAGUAAGUGCCAUGCACACACCACAGCACACGGACUAACCUAUGUUACACACAACCACAUGGAAACACAAACACACACACACAAAACAAAAGAGAAAAACUGUCAUUGCUUGGACUCUUGUUGGACGCAUAUGGACUAUGCAUUUGUACAUAUGAAUUUUAUAAUUAUAUUAUAAUUAUCUUAUUUUAUGAUACAAUAUGUGUAUGUAAGGAUUGAUUACCCAUGUAUGUAUUUAUGUAUUUAUUUUUACAAUAUUUGCACCAUGAUCUGUGGCGUGCAAAAAAAAAACUAUGGAUGUCACUGGAAUUUUUAUUUUUCCUUCUCUUUGAGACAGUGUUAUUUUACCUUUUGCUGCUUUAAAGAUUUCUCCACUCCACAAGGUGUAAUCUGUAAAUUGUCAGUUUUCAAGUUUAUUACAAACAGUACGUUUUACUGACAAAAAGCAUAAAAUAUACUUUAUCGCUCUCGCGAUAUACAGAAAUGGACCGAUUUGUUUUGUAUGUGCAGGGAUGGCACCUUUUUAAAGGAUUUAGUUUUUCAAUAUUACAGUCGCAUAUAAAUUGGAUACAAAACGAUACCAUUACAAAGCAGGGAGAGCACUUUUGACUGUUACAGAUUGCACCUUUUUAUGAGACACGUACCCUUGUGUAAAGUGUUUUUUCUAACCCCUUUUGCCCUUACUCUCCUGACUGACCCUUGAGUGAAUGCUUCUUGGAAAUACCCGGACGUAUGCAGUAUUAUAACAGUAAUCUUGUUCUCAUCCAAAGGACACUACAUAUACAUUUUCUGGGAAUGUGCUGAUCGGGCCCCAGGUGACCUCUGUUCUUUAGUUUAGUUUUUGACUUGGCACAAGUGUGACUGUUAAACUCUGUCCAGAUGUAGCAAAGAUCCAAAGUCUUACAACACUGAGCCACAACUGUUCUCCACUAGACGUUCCUCUUUGGGUGCACCACCUUAUGAAUAACACACUGACAGAUGGACUGACUGCUGUGUGCUGGGGUCAGAACUUCACAUAUACAUUUAUACUGUAUCUCUGUGUCCUGUUCUGUUUCUACCUUAGUUUAUGGCUAUGCAAACAUAAAACCCUCCCCCCCCCCCCCCCCCGUAUAUACUGUAUAUUCAUUUCUUUAUUUGCUAACAUGAAAAACAACAUUAACCACAUAUGUCUGUAUGGAUAUAAUGGGUGCUUCAUUUGUUGGGAAUGUUGGCUUUUUGUCUUGUUUCUGGAGAACCAACUGCAUUAUGGAUCGUAUGCAUUCUGCAGAGUUGCAUGGCAUUACCUUUUGUCAAUAUUAGGACUCCUGUCUAUACUGAUGUCUGUGAAUUGUCUGUAAAAAAAAAAAAAGGAUUAUUUUGCUCGAUGGGUUUGCUGAUGCACAGUGUACACCAAUCAGCUCGUCCGUAUCACGAUGCCAGAUCAUCUGAUGAGCCAUCCGAUCUGAGGGACUAACCCGAGCCACCUACGACAACGGGGAAGGUAAUUAAGCCAAAUCAGCCAGCAGCGGUUUCUACAAGUGUGAUUAUGGGAUUAGCUGAAAUUAAGACUGCUUACAUUUUCAGAGGCAGCGGGUGAGGAGUUAGGUAGCAUAUUUAAUCUUCCAAAAACAUGUGCGAGGGAAAUUAUGUCUCGGUGGCUCUGACUGAAAAAAAUAAGAGGAGCUUCCAUGUGCCAUGGAGGUAUCGACCAGAAGCAGUGUCCAUCGUCGCACUAAUAUCAAGACAGACUGUGUGUCUCAGGAGCAUCUCUAGCAGUUCAUCAAACAGGCCCCGACAGUGAACAGUGCCUGUGUCACCUGUGUGUUUUGUUGCCGUAUGCUACAACGGUGUCAACAGCAUUUCAUAUUCAAAGAGGACAUUGUGUUUCUACACGUUUUCGUACCCACGUUCAAUGAAGUCGAUGUACCAAGAAUUGUAUUGUCCGGAAAUAAACUACACACUGACCUUAAUAAUG